AUGCUCACUUUGAUUCAAAGGCCAGGUCAACUUGGGCACCUCCUAAGUGGUCUGGCAGUGUUAUUUUUCGUGCCUGCUUUUGCCAAGGCUGAUCAUGUUACACCUGCUGCAUGUCGAUACAUACCUGGGGAUGAUGGCUAUCCGACGCAGAGCGAAUGGGCACAGCUCAACAAUACCGUUGGUGGCCGGUUAAUUGCCACGAUUCCCCAAGCAAGCGUCUGUCAUACAGCGCCUUCUUCUUCAGACUACAAUGAAACUGCAUGCGAGGCUCUGCAGGCUGGGUGGGAUAUGGCUCAAACCUUUCUUGAGGUGAAGCCCGCCGAGAUCAUCAAUGCUUAUUACCAGAACCAGUCGUGCGACCCUUUUACUCCAGUUUCCCGGCCAUGCGUCCUGGGCAACCUUGUGUCGCACUCCAUCAAUGUGUCAUCGGCUGAGGAUGUUAUAGCUGGCCUCGAAUUCGCCCGGCAGAAGAAUGUUCGACUGGCGAUCAAGACGACUGGACAUGACUAUAUGGGAAAAUCUACAGGCCUUGGGGGUCUAGCUCUAUGGAUGUACAACCUAAAGACAGCAGAUGUCAUUGACCAAUACGAAAGUGCGUGGUAUUCAGGGCCAGCUAUCAAGCUCGGAUCGGGAAUGAUCGUGGGAGAAUCCUACGAAGUCGCGGCUGCAGCUGGAUACCGGCUCGUGGGCGGUGAAUGCGGAAGUGUCGGGAUCACUGGAGGCUAUUCGCAAGGCGGCGGACACUCGAUUUUGAAUACAGCGUACGGGAUGGCAGCUGACAAUGUGCUGGAGUGGGAGGUUGUCACGGCCACGGGUGAGCAUCUAAUCGCGACUCCUGCGAACAAUACCGAUUUGUACUGGGCCCUGUGCGGGGGUGGUGGCGGUACGUAUGGAGUGGUGCUGUCAAUGAAGGCCAGACUCUACCCAGAGGGCCCGGUCGCUGGUGGUACGCUCGGUUUCAACCUAGCUGACGCCGAAAAUGAUGAUACUUUCUGGGAAGCUGUCACUAUCUGGCACCAAUACCUCCCCUCAUUCAUAAAAGAGAACAACACUCUUCAGUGGGUGAUAGAGAACAGCAGCUUCAACGUCCAAAGCAUCAACCUGCCGGAUCAACCCGCCUCGGCAGUAAAAAGCCUGGUGUCUCCUUAUCUAUCAGAGCUCGACCGCCUCAACAUCACAUACCUCCUUACAGCCAGCGUUUCGGCCACGUACCUAGACCAUUUCGCUAAAUACUACGGCCCGCUGCCCUACGGACCGGAGCCGCCCUCGACUGUACUGAACAGUCGCCUAGUGCCGCGGGCCGUUUUCGCUAACGAAACGGCAAGGGCCAAGUUCGUCGACGCAGUGCGCUCCACCGUCUCGGACGGCAAGUUCCUUUACGGAUGUUCGGGCAUGGACGUGAGCAACAGCAGCCAUCCAGACAACGCGGUACUCCCCGCUUGGCGGGACACGGUUGCCAUAUGCAUUCCCAACGGGUUUUGGAAUUACACAGCGCCGCUAGCCGAAAAUAUCGCCCUCAAGGAGAGGCUAGUCACGGUUCACGUCCCGGCCAUCGAGGCAGCCACACCCGGGUCCGGCGUCUAUCUAAACGAGAUGGAUCCCCUGUACCAGGGCGAUUGGAAGGCGAAUAUGUACGCAGGGAACUACGAUCGUCUUUUGUCCAUCAAGCAUCAGUAUGAUCCGGAUUAUUUGUUUUAUGGCCGUUUUGCCGUUGGUGGUGAUGAGUUUACUAUAGAUGGGAGCGGGCGACUGUGUAGAGCUUGA